AUGCCCUCUGGCUACAAGCCUUCUCCACUAGGGCCUUAUGGCUCCCCGCGCAGCUCGCCCUUCCGACGACCAGAGUCUCCAGCAUCACCAUCUGCUGUUCGCCAGCCUUCAACACAAGUGACACCUUCUGGAUCACCGACAAAGGCAUCUUACGCAACCAACAACGGACGAUUUGGCAACCCGACCACUCCCACAGACACCGCCGACAGUCGGACACCCAGAGUGCGAACGCCCACCGGCGAAAGCAAUAACAUCGUCACGUCCCCACCACCUGCACGGCCAGGCUUGAAGAAGACCGUUAGCCACGGAGGAGCAAUGUCGCAACUGCAGCCCGCCCAAGUCAGAACGCUCAGAGAAGGGUUCGAGAUUCUGGAUCGCGACAGCGACGGCAUCAUUAACAGGGAGGACGUGGCGGACAUGUUGAAUCAGCUGGGUCUGCCGGCAAACGCAUCAGAUGUAUCCCAGUUUUUCCCUCCGUCUGCGCCUCAGACGAUGACCAUGGCCACGUUUCUCAAUUCCCUGGCCACAAUGCUGGCGUCGCUCUCACCCCAAGCCGAACUCCUGUCGGCAUUCUCAGCAUUCGACGACGACGACAGUGGUCAGAUCAACCUGAACGAGCUGCGGGAUGCGCUGCUACACACGGCACCAGAGCCCGGCGAGAGACCGUUGACGGAGGCCGAGGUCGAGAAGGUGAUUGAGGGAUUCACGGGCCGGAGGGCGUUCAACCGCAACAUGCAAGGCGGCCUGGGCAAGCGCGGCGAGGUUUUCAGAUAUCAGGAUUUCGUCAACUCCAUCAUGGGAUCGAACACGGCGUCAGAGCCAAACUCGGCGGAGGGGUCGGAAGACUGA